AUGGCCGAUUCUCUUACUGAGGAGCAAGUCUCCGAGUUCAAGGAGGCGUUCUCCCUCUUCGACAAAGAUGGCGAUGGCCAAAUCACCACCAAGGAGCUCGGCACCGUCAUGCGCUCGCUCGGCCAGAACCCCAGCGAGUCUGAGCUUCAGGACAUGAUCAACGAGGUUGAUGCUGACAACAAUGGCACCAUUGACUUCCCAGAAUUCCUCACCAUGAUGGCCCGCAAGAUGAAGGACACCGACUCCGAGGAGGAGAUCCGGGAAGCCUUUAAGGUCUUUGACCGCGACAACAACGGCUUCAUCUCCGCUGCUGAACUGCGCCACGUCAUGACCUCCAUUGGCGAGAAGUUGACCGAUGACGAGGUUGACGAGAUGAUCCGGGAGGCUGAUCAGGACGGUGACGGCCGUAUCGACUACAACGAGUUCGUCCAGCUGAUGAUGCAGAAAUAA